CCCACACUAAAACAAAGCAAGUAAAUAAAAAAAAAAAAAAAGACAGCUCAAGAUCUCCUCAAGACAUCAUCGUCAUCUUCAUCGUCUUCACUGGAUUCGCCCCUUUGUGGCUUUGUUUUUGUUUCUCUGCCGUUUUUACUACAAAAAAAGAAGACAUGAUGAUUUUAUAGCUUGAACUGUUUUGACUUAAUAAGAGAGCUGGGAUUCUCCGACAUCUCUGUCAGCUUCAAAAAAAGAAAAGACAAAGUCGAAAGGAAAGGAAAGAAGAGAAAAGAUAGUUCUUUUUUGCUUCUUUUGCUGUUUGGUUGGAAGGAAAAUUUGGGUUUUUGUUUCUUUUUUCUGAGAAAGUGAACAGGUAAAGUGGCGUUAUCAGUGUGGUUAAUAUAGUUCUAAAAGUGGGGUGGCGAUGGUUAAUGCUAAAACUGAGCGUAAUAAAUAAAGGAAAAAAAUAGAGCCGUUUGAUUGGUUUGGUUGCUAUGGCAAUUACUGACACAUAGUGAAGAUUGGUGAAAGUUCUGAAUCACAGAGAAAAAAAAGAGUAGCUCUCAAAUGCCAUAUGGUGUAUGGUUGAAGAUAUCACUCUUUGUAACCUCGAAGCCAACCGAUGUAUACCAUGAAACAUGAUAAUGACCAAGUGCUUUGCCAUUCAACUAUAGGCUACAAGAGCGACUCAAGGCCUUAUUCCUUCUUAGCUGACACUAAACCUUUUGAGAACAAAGAAAAGCCUUUGGAUUCCACUGUACUGAAUGCAGAAGGAAUUGUGAAGGAAAAUAAUCCCACGAUAUAUCUAGAGAAUACACGAAAUGGAUGGCCAGCAUCGAAACUUGAUUAUUCUAUGAGUGUAAAUGACUUUGUCAAUGGUAAUGAAAAGGAGUUCAGAGAUUUUGUGACAUCAAAUACUCAUUCUUCAAAGAAUAUGGAUUCAUUUCAGGAGUCAGUUUUUUAUUUGGACAAAAGUGUGAUGGAAUGUCAAUUGCCUGAAUUGGUAGUUUGUUAUAAAGAAAGUACAUAUAAUGUUGUCAAGGACAUCUGUAUCGAUGAGGGAGUUCCGACACAGGACAAGUUCUUGUUUGACAGUGGCGUGGAUGUGAAGAGUGAUUACAACUUUCCACCUUCUGAAAAGGAUCAAGAUAGUAAACUGAUGAAAGAAAAAUUGGAGAUUGAUAUGUCCUUGCAAGUUGUUUAUGUGUCUCCAGAAGAAAAUCAAUACGGCAAGGAUAUUGACGAUGAAUGUGGUUCUAAUAAAAAACUCGAUGCUGAUACACGUAUGCGAGAUAUUUCCUUUUCUCUAGAAGAAAAUGAGUCUAACAAGGGAAUUCCGAAUCAAUAUGAUUCUAAGGAUUUGAUGCUGACAAGGGAAAUGAAAGAUGAUGCAAUGAAAGUGGUCACAGAUGACGUCUCCAAAGAAUUGUUUACCCUUGGAGAGUUACUUUCAAUGCCUGAACUGAGUGCAGUGAAAUCCAAAGCCAUGUCUUCUGAUUGCAAAAGUGAUGGAGUCGAACAACAGUCUUUUCAGAACUCGAGCGAAAAGGAAGUCAUGGUGACGCCCCCCUUGGUUUCUGCAGCUGAAGAAUCAUACAAUAGCAGUGAGGAGGCAAUUCUAUCAGCUCCUGCUUUGGUCUCUGCAGCUGAAGAAUCAGACAGUGGGAAAGGGGAAGCGACCCUGAUUAGUCCUGCUCAGGCCUCUGCUUCUGAGGAAUCAACCAGCUGCAGCCUUGUCAAUGAGGUAUCUUCUGAUAGCAAACUAGAGACUGGAAGCAUCACUGUUGAUUAUGAUUCUUCUGCACCAACAAGCAGCAAAGAUGAGUGUCCCCACAAUCUUGAUCAUGGUCCUCUUGAGACUGGAAGUACACCCAAGCUUGAAGAUACAGCUGAUCAGCCUUUUUCAAACAAUCUUCAACGUGGUAAUGGAGAGUCCAGUUUCUCUGCCUCAGGGCCUGUAACAGGUCUAAUAAGUUACUCUGGACCAAUAGCAUAUUCAGGCAGUCUCUCUCUUAGAUCAGAUAGCAGCACAACAAGCACUCGUUCCUUUGCCUUCCCUAUAUUGCAGUCUGAAUGGAAUAGCAGUCCAGUAAGAAUGGCAAAAGCUGACCGGAGACAUUACCAGAAGCAUAGGUGUUGGAGGCAGGGACUCCUUUGCUGUAGAUUCUGAAAAGUUCUACUCUAUCCAUAGCUCAUAUGCCGUUCCAAGUGGAUUGGGCUACAGGAACAGCUGAUGUGUGGCACGCAAAUCAGGAUGGCCAAAGCUGAACAUUGAGAGCAACCUUUCUUUUCUCUUGGUAAAUGCUUGCAAACAAGUUGGUAUAAAAUCAUAAAUGAAACAUUCAAUACAAUUUUAUGCAACUUGGCCAAAUGCCUGAAAGGAUUUCAAUGUUUAGAUUAAAUGUGAGAUACAUGGGAAGAGAAAACCUGCCUAACUAAUAACUCGUGGUCAGCUUUAAAAUCUGCUUUCUGUUAGUACCAUGGCUUGUUAUGUUAUGGUUGAGAAGCUAAUCUGCCUUGUUAGGAAAUCUACUACAGUGAGUGGGAGGACAAAGGGAACGGGAGGUGUAGAGUUUGAACACUAGCUUAUUUAGAACUGAUGAUUUAAAAUAUAAUAGAAAAAAAAUAC